UCCUUAUACUCUAAUCCCCUCUUGAUAUAAGAUAUCAAUUUUCGCACGUGCUGUUACGAAACAGAUUAAUCUUUUCGCGCGAUCAGAAUCAUGAUUUAUGAAAUAUUCUCACUGAAUCAGACUCUAUAAACCCAGUUGAAAUUAUUUCCUCCCACUCUUGACUCGUUCGAAUUGAGAAAAUAAAAAUGAUUCACGUAUCGCACUUUCUUCAAUGAUUAAAAUCUUUAAGUGACUUUAGCAAAAAAUAUAUUCGAUCCCAAUCAACUUUCGAAAGUUUCAUUUUUCCUCGGAGGAUCUGACCAUUUUAAAUUUUAAAUGUUGCUUCUGACUAAGACUCUUACUACUUGACCGAAAGAAACUUUUGAACACUCGACAAGAUCAUUCCGCACGUGUGCAAAAGAGUCUUCUGCCUCACAGUCGCUGACAUCACUUUCACUAUACUCGAAGACGAUCAGAAUAUCGGACAGGUGAUCGGCGCGUUCAUCUUCCGAAAACGAUUGACUUUCUUCGCUCCUGACAGUGAUGCAUUUCUUCAUCAUUCACUGCCGUUGUUUAUGAUCAAGAAUAAUUUACAAGGCAUUACAUCUACAAACUGCAAAUUGCAUCGAAGACAACAUUGAAAUGUUCAGUAUAAAAUAAUCAAUUUAAAGAAUAGAAUAAAUCUUCCUCCGCGUGUGACCAAUGCAUUUGAAGUGACGCCAUUAUGGCGUCAUCGGCCAUUAAGGCGUUAAUAUCCCACUAACGUGUCGGUUCGUUAACACUAUAAAUCACUGAACCAACAGCCAAAAGACUUGAAUUUUAUUCGUGAAAAAUCUACGAAGUUGCGGCAUAAUUCUUUUGUUACUUCUUAUUCAUUACUCGCCGAGGCAGAGCCGGGGACAAGUAUAAAACAACGUUUCGAAAAGUCAGAGAUGUAAAUCACGACAGAUAAAUCCGUCGUGGAAAAUGCGCGCGCAUAUCGAAUGCUGCACGAUAACACGUGGAUUACGCGACACCGUGGAUGUAUCUUCCUUCUAAACGACCACGUCCUUUCUCUCUUCUAUGUAAUCGAUUAUGAAACCGUUGAAUCUUAUAAACGUUCAGUGCGCAAACAUCCUAAUGCUCUAAAUGGUAAAUCGGUCCAAAUUCCUACCAGUCAAAUUUUCGACCCGUCUUCUUUAUAAGUUUUUAAUUUUAAGCGGAAAAUCAGAAGGGUGGCUCGAUGAAUGAGCUCUAACUUGCACCUGUCCUAAUUAAUCCAACUACCUUUGCUGAAAUACAUCGUCAAACCCAAAGUUUCAAUGACUAUUUUAUUCAUAAUGCUCUUAUCUACUUUAACAUAAGUUGGUUAACAAGCUGUGUACUUGCUAACAAUAGAGUAGGACAACGACCCUUUAACUACUUCGGCGAAGAAUCGAAUGGCGUUUGAUCUUUGAACCGUGCUCCGAUCAAUGAUCGCGAUCACUCGAGAACGGAUCGGAAAGGAUCGCUUGAUCAGCUACCGGGCACGGAAUGCAAUGGGUUUGGUAGGAAAGCACGGAAUAAAAGGGUAAAAUGUCAGCGUGACUCUGUUCUACCUACGAAAGAGCAAACGCAUCCUAUUAGCGGUGCAGAGAUCGCAUUGUUUGCCCGUGUGCCCUUAAAGGAGCUAAAUCUCAUCCAUCGUAACGACGUUGGCCUUUGGAUCGCGUGGCAAUCGGAUGGCGAUAAAUCCAGCCGUCUCCGCGCACCUGGAAGAAAAAUAAUUGUGAACGGGUGUACAUGACGGGCGCACGAGCAACCUAAGGAGAGAUAAAACUAUUCUGCCGUUGCGGAUGAAACGUCGUUACUUUCUUCCGUGGGACUUCUGUCUUGUAUACAGAGAAUAAUAACACUAGUGUCAAGAUGCGUACAGAUCUGAUAAUAAAUAUCUUUGCCAAUUUAACACGAUGGUUGGACACGUCUAUACAACCAUAACGAUCUUAAUUUGCAGCGCCUAGCACCUGGACACUUUUCAACUUCGUAAAUAAAAUUGUUUGAUCCUUCUAAUUCCACGAGUGCUUAGCUGUCUCGUAUGUCAGAUUUGCAAUCUUGUUACUGCGUGAUCCAAGGACGCUGAUGCAAAGAGCAAUACUUCAAAUUCCAGACAAUUUUUUAUGAUAAAACCUUAGGUUCCGGAAAACGGUAGAAAUCUAUUUUUAUCAGCACGCCACUUAUUAGUGAUGUGUUUAACGAUAACGAUCAUGAUACAUUAAAUAGAACAUUUUAUUUACAAGUACGCAAAGCAGAAUGCUAUCGACAUACUGUUGGUAGCGACCCUAUUAAAAAAUAGUCUAUCUCAUAAACCAAAGAACGUAUCAAUAAACAAGAACAGUCAGAGCAGAGAACUCUGUUUCCAGUUCGGAGACACAGCGUCCGGAUAGUGAACGCCGAAGAUCAUCCCAUACUUAGAGAAUCGUCGAUCCUCAGAGGGGGAAAAAAGUAUCGUCCUUGUAGUCAUAGUCGAGUACGCUGACGGUAUAUAAAAGCUGGCAGAGCUGAACGAGCACAGAUGUUAGCGGCUUCUGAAAUCCAUCGAUACAACCGUCGCGAAUCCGAACAGUCGCGUGCGUGUGCCUCGAGGGAUGCCAUUUCAAGUGCUGUCGGUGUGACUGAUCUUUAGCGACGAUGACCUCUCGAAGAACUGUGUUUCGAUCACUGAUCCUCUGGCUGAUUCUCGGCAGUUGGUGUUGCGCCGGCGAGAAGCUGUCACCGAAUCAAAAAGCGCCCUUGUUUGCCCGAGGGGCCGGUGGAUUGAUCCUGAACACACCGUUCGAUGACAACAAAGCCCGGAAGACGCCGAUUUCCGGUGGCGGAAACGCAGUAGACGGGGUGCAAAAAGAGGAAACGGAAAUGUAUAAAACAGUGGACGGUGAACUGGUCCGAACUGUAAAAGGAAGCUUCUCCUAUAAUAGUCCAGAGGGUCUUCCGAUCUCUGUCAAAUACGAAGCGGAUGAAAACGGCAACAGAGCCAGCUUCAAGUUUGGUACUGGUGAAGUUGGCGGUAUUGGCGCAGGGGGCUCUUCGGGUCGUCCUGGACAAAAUGCAAAUGGUAAUCGUGGUGGUCAAACAGGUCAAGGACCCAAUGAUUCAGGCAGAAGCUACUUACCGCCAAAAUAAAAGUCCGCUUGAUUUAAACCGUAGUUUCGGACGAGCUUUUCAUGAUCUUUUGCAGAAACAUUAUCUAUUUUAAAUCAUAACAAAAGACACAUUUUUCUUGAAAUUCUUUGACGUUAUAUAAGAUAGUGUUCACUUUCCUUCAAUAAAUUCACAAUCGUUCGUAAUACCGCACAACAAAGCACUUGAAACGUUCAAUGGUUUACAGACCGACCCACACAUCAGCUUUGUAGAGACACGACUGAUAGCGUGUUAUUCGAUGUUUUCCCUUUUACUAAGGGAAGUAUUUAACAUUCGAGUAACUAGAAAAUAAUUAGCGAAUAAAUUGAUUCGCUAGUUGCAAUAUUAAUUUUUAUAAAGUACAAGAAUAAAAUAUAUUUUCUCACAUA